AAGGCUGCUCUGGAAUAUAUAUUCAACAAAAAGAUAGGAAACUUGUCUUCCAAGUACUUUCUUUUUCUCUAUAAGUCCUACUAGGACUCGUAUUUGAGUACUUUCUUUUUUUUAUUUUUUUUGUCCGACUAGGACUCUAUAUUAUUUGGGAGUUCUCCUCUAAAUACUCUUCGGCUAUGUUUGGCAAAACUGACUAUGGAGCUGAAAUUGAUAAGGUGGCUGAAACUGAUUAGGUAGCAUAUGAAACUGUUAAGGUGCUGAAACUGUUAAGCUAACUGAUUACCUAACCUGUUUGGUAAUAUUAUUUAUGACUGUAGCUGAAAUAUCUUUUUAAACUUAAAAAGAUAAAAAGAAAAUAUAUUUUUAGGCUUAAAAAGAUAAAAAAAAAAAUAAUAAUAAUAAUAAUAAUAAAAAAAAAAAAAUUUCAGCACCUGAUCUCAGAAGCUAUUUUUUACUCCAACUCAAUUUCAGUCAAAUUUUGAACUUAAAUUUUAUUUAAGUUCCUCCACCAAACACCACUAAUCAUAUAAGGUGACUUAAAAUUGUAGCACCUUAUCAUUAACUUGUCAAAAACAAAACAUAACAAAAACAAAACAAAGAUUCUCAUAGAAUCCAAAGAUGGCUAGGCAUGAGAAGAUAUCUGAGGAAGAUAUUAAGAGGUACAUAGCAAAGAAGGCCAUGAAAGUGGCGAAGAAGCUUAAGAGUGAGGCCAAGUUAAGGUACAAUAGCGAAUCCAACUCGUUUGGCGAUCCCAACUUGAACGAGACGUUUGUGUGGAGGAAGAAGAUCGAGAGAGAUGUGGCUCAAGGCCGAGUUACAUUAGAUGAAAUUACUGUAAAGGCUGAGAAAAAGAGGCGGAACGAGGCGAUGCAUGAGAUUGAGAAGCUGAAGAAGAGAAGAGUAGAGAGGGAGGUGGAGAAGGCGCGAAGAGAAGAGGAAGUAAUGAUGAUUGAGAGAGAAAGAGCUAACAUUGAAGCUCAUAAUUCUGAGAAGAAUGAGAAAGAAAAAUCUGUUGAACAAAUGAAGAUUAAGUCUAGGAUUCGGUUGUGUGAAGGUAGACCAAAACCGAUUGAUGUUUUUGUUGGAAUUAUUGACAAAUUCCAUGAGUUGAAUAUGGAGUUGGAUGAACCAUACAUGGUUUUCAAAGGUUUAACUGUUAAAGAACUCGAGGAGCUUCAUGAUGAUAUAAUGAGCAUGUCCGGUUCUGAUCAUGCCGAGUAUUGGGAGGCGUUGAGGGUGGUUUGUGAGUGGGAGCUCAAUAGUGCUGAUUUACUAGUCCUUGGAAAAACAGGUGUGCAUUCGAGUAUUGAACCGGGUGUGAAGAAUUUCUUCGAUGGAAAAAAUCACAGAGAGUUAGUUGCAUUACAAGAUCAAAUUGAUUCAGAGAUGCGCUCUGGGAAGGCCAGGGUGGUUGAGUUUUGGGAAAUUGUACUUAGACGGCUUCACUUCUACAAGGCUAAGGCUUAUCUUAAGAAAGUUUGUGGGAAGACAAUGCAAAACCACUCUCACCAAGGUCAUAUUGAAGAAGAAAUCACACAGGACAAAGAUCAGAAUUUGGAAACAGAUUAUGAUCAGAAUGGUUCUGUUACACCACAAAACUUAUAUAGUGAAGAAGAUAAUAAUAAAGAAGCAAUUGAUCCUCAAGAAGACGAGCUUUUGUUGAAGAAGAAGCUCAUGGCUGUUGUGGCUUCAAGAUUACAUGCUCGUAUUCAGCCGGAGAAUUAUGAUGACUCCAAUCUGAAGGGUGUACUUGAAGAAGGUGACGCGGUCUUAGGCUCCUCUGCUGAAGUAAUUCUGCCUUCACAUCAGUCCUAUAAUAAUUCAUGGCAUGAUAAGUAUCACCCAAGAAAGCCUAAGUAUUUCAACCAUGUUCAUACUGGUUACGAAUGGAACAAGUAUAACCGGACACAUUAUGAUAAUGACAACCCUCCUCCUAAGUUUGUUCAAGGCUACAAGUUCACUAUUUUUUACCCUCAUCUUAUUGAUAAAACUGUAACUCCAACCUGCUGUAUUGAGAAAGAUGGAGAUAGCAGUGAAACCUGUAUCUUGAGAUUUCAGGCUGCCCCACCUUAUCAAGACAUAGCCUUCAGGAUUGUGAACAGUGGAGAUUGGGAGAAAUCUAAAAAAAAGGGGUUCAAAUACACCUUUGAAAGAGGUAUACUACAUUUGUAUUUUAACUUUAAGAGGUAUAGUUAUAAGAAGUAAAGAUAGUUGUUGUUAUGACUCUAAGUCAAUAUUAUUUUGAUGAUGUUAAAUACAUUGUAUCAUAACUUGUAUGAGUGUAACAGUGAUCUAAGAAAGUCAUGAAGACUGGAUGUUCGUGAAAGAUUGAAGAACUUGAAGAUAUGGAAGCUUAGAUUUUGCUAUACUCUUAAUUAUGUAAUGUAAA